ACCAAUACUCUAUUAGGAAUUCAGAUUUGAGACACAAACCCUAACGUCUAAAAGUGUUAAUUUCAGUAUUACACCCAGCAGCCAGAGCAGCAGACUCACUGUCUCCCUCUUGCUAACUUGCCUCUCUAUCUCGCCUCUCCCUCUCGCCAACUCGCCAACUCGUCGUCUCUCCUCUCCCUGUCGUCAUAGCCAGAGCCCAGAGCAUCAGAUGAUAAGUUUCUUUUCUUGUUGAAAUUACAACUGUUGCCUUCUCUGCCUUGUGCUAUUUUGAGAUCGAUUUUGACAGUUUUUGUUUAAAUAUCUGUUAAGGAAAUGGUUAUUUUCAUUCCUUUUCUUUUCUUGAUGUAGUGACUCAUAGCAUGGCUGAAAAUAUACAAAGUGAUAAGAUGAUGGGUGAAAGUGGGGCUUCUAAUUCAAAUGCAAUAAGCCAAUUUGAAACAACAGAGUCAAAUAUAACCAAAAAAGGAAAAAAAGGUCUAUUGUGUGGGAUCAUUUUACAGAAAUUAUUACUUCCGAAGGGAGUACAAAAGCAAAAUGUGACUAUUGCUUUAUUGAAUAUUGUUUUAAGACCAAAGACGCAAUUGAUAGCAAAUGAAGAUACAGUUUUAAGUGAAAUGGCAAAGAAGAUGAAGGAAAACUUUAAUAAGUAUUGGGGUGAUCCAGGGAAAAUGAACAAGAUAAUUUUCAUCUUAUGUAUUUUGGAUCCACGUUACAAGCUCGAAUCAGUUGGUUAUGCACUUGUAAAGAUGUUUGGUGAAGAUCUGGGGGAAACUAUACAAGCAGAAGUGAAGAAGUACAUGACUUCGUUAUUUUGUGAGUAUGUAAAGUCCAGCUCAAAAGGUGUCGUGCUUGCUUCAUCUUCAGAUUAUUCUUCAUUGGACACUUCUACUUCCGGGCUUUCUAACAGUCAAGUAAGCACCCAAAAUACAGGACUUUUGGAAUCACUUGCAAGAUAUAAAAAAAUAUAAAAGUGGGAGUGGAGGUGUAGAUACUAAAACAGAGUUAGAUAAAUAUUUUGGUGAAGAAACUGAGGAUGACACUAAAGAAUUUGAUGUUCUUCUCUGGUGAAAAUUGAACUCAGCUAGAUUUUCUGUUCUUGCGGAGAUGGCUCGUGAUGUAUUAGCGACUCCGGUUUCAAGCGUGACAUCCGAAUGUGCGUUUAGUACGGGAGGGCAUCUUCUUGAUUCAUUUAGGAGUUCAUUAACUCCUAAAUUGGUGCAAGCUCUAGUGUGUCUUCAAGAUUGGCUUCGAAAUGAAAAAUUAAAACAACCUGUUAGUGUUGAGGAAGAUAUUGAUAAAAUCGAGCAGCUUGAACAAGAUUUAACCAGCGAUGGAAAAGACCCUUCCGUAAUUGACGUGUAGUGUUAAUAUAUCUGGU